GGCUUGGCCUGGCCUGGCCUGUCAGGGUGCGGGCGGCGGCGGCUUCAGCACCAUGUCCCUGCAGUACGGGGCGGAAGAGACGCCCCUCGCCGGCAGUUACGGCGCGGCUGAUUCGUUUCCAAAGGACUUCGGCUACGGCGUGGAGGAGGAGGAAGAGGAGGCGGCAGCGGCGGGCGGCGGGGUUGGGGCGGGGGCCGGCGGUGGCUGUGUCCCGGGGGGAGCUGACAGCUCCAAGCCGAGGAUUCUGCUCAUGGGGCUCCGACGCAGCGGCAAAUCCUCCAUCCAGAAGGUGGUGUUUCAUAAGAUGUCACCCAAUGAGACUCUCUUUUUGGAAAGUACCAACAAGAUUUAUAAAGAUGACAUUUCCAAUAGCUCCUUCGUAAAUUUCCAGAUAUGGGAUUUUCCUGGGCAAAUGGACUUUUUUGACCCAACCUUUGACUAUGAGAUGAUCUUCAGGGGAACAGGAGCAUUGAUAUAUGUCAUUGAUGCACAGGAUGACUACAUGGAGGCUUUAACAAGACUUCACAUUACUGUUUCUAAAGCCUACAAAGUUAAUCCAGACAUGAAUUUUGAGGUUUUUAUUCACAAAGUUGAUGGUCUGUCUGAUGAUCACAAAAUAGAAACACAGAGGGACAUUCAUCAAAGGGCCAAUGAUGACCUUGCAGAUGCUGGGCUAGAAAAACUCCAUCUUAGCUUUUAUUUGACUAGUAUCUAUGACCAUUCAAUAUUUGAAGCCUUUAGUAAGGUGGUGCAGAAACUCAUUCCACAACUGCCAACCUUGGAAAACCUAUUAAAUAUCUUUAUAUCAAAUUCAGGUAUUGAAAAAGCUUUUCUCUUUGAUGUUGUCAGCAAAAUCUACAUUGCAACAGACAGUUCCCCUGUGGAUAUGCAGUCUUAUGAACUUUGCUGUGACAUGAUUGAUGUUGUAAUUGACGUGUCUUGUAUAUAUGGGUUAAAGGAAGAUGGAAGUGGAAGUGCUUAUGACAAAGAAUCUAUGGCAAUUAUCAAGCUGAAUAAUACAACUGUCCUUUAUUUAAAGGAGGUGACUAAAUUUUUGGCACUAGUCUGCAUUCUUAGGGAAGAAAGCUUUGAACGAAAAGGUUUAAUAGACUACAAUUUCCACUGUUUCCGAAAAGCUAUUCAUGAGGUUUUUGAAGUGGGUGUGACUUCUCACAGGAGCUGUGGUCAUCAGACCAGUGCCCCUGGCCUGAAAGCAUUGACACACAAUGGCACACCUCGAAAUGCCAUCUAGUUUGAAUCCCAGCGUUGGGGCUCUGUGCCAGCUUACUCUUCACUCCAGGGUCAGAUGCCGUGUGCUACAGGACAUGGGAGCUGCUGCUUAUGGGAAUCUGGUGCCUGUUCCACUAGAGACAAGGGGUAGAGUUUCUCAUUUGAAUGAAAACCCCUUCAACCGGUGGUGUACAACUGAACCUACUAUUUCUUUGUUGAAAAAUGGCAAAAAAAAAAAAAAAAUUCUAGAGACAACAGAACUCAAGUUUAUCUUUUUCCUCUUUUGGGUCCUAUGUUAAGUAGUUGGGAUAUUUUGGACCUGGAGAUAACACCAAUUACCCAUCCUUACCAGGGAAUGUUGCUGUCAAUUCCAGCUGAAAAUCAUAGAAAAAACUGAAUUUUUAUAUGCUUCACUUAGGCUUUUUUUUUUUUUUUUUUGAGUAUUCUUUAAAGAUCUUGCCUUGCUUAAGUUCUAACACUGCCUCUCAGAUUUCAAUUUUGGACCUUGCUCAUCUAAGACUUUUUAAAUGCGUUUGCUUGCUAACUCAGAAGACACCUAGUCGGACUGCAGCAAAAGACAUUCCUGUAUUUGUUAUUGAAGAAAUGAGAGACAGUUUUAUCCCUGCAUCAGGUGGAAAGCAAGGCUCAACAGUGGCUGCGUUAGUUCACUUGGAAGUGUUGAGGAAAAAACCUUGAAACAGAAGAAAUUUUCACACCUGUUAAUUUGAGUACCAGAUGUCUGGGUUCUUCAGCAUUAGAUAAAAUGGUGAUAUUCAAAGGGAAUUUUAAAAAAAAUUGUUUUUCCCACAGCCACCUUCUAGGGGAGAAACUCAAUAUGUCAUUGAAAUGUUUAGCUUACUUUACUCUGAUCUUUUUUUUUAAUGCCUAAAUCCAUGUAUUCUGAAAAAAGAAGCAUGAUAAAUGGGAGCCUCAUCAGCAGGGUGCCACAGCAACCUCGCUGCAUCCUUCUUCUCUACCAUGACACCAGUUGACAAGUUUCCCAGCCCUAUAUAGUUAUUAGAAUCCUUUCUGCGUUUCUUUCUCUUUUUUUUGGAGACAGAAUUUCACUACAUU